AUGCGCCGCUUGCUCCUUCUCUCACUUUCCUCGUUGCUGCUCCUCUGCCCGCAGACUUACGCCAAAUUCACCGCCGAUUUUUCGCAAUGGCUCUCCGACUACUACGGACCGCGUGUUCGGGACCAGAUCGAGCGUCUUGACCUCGGUCCCGGCGGCUCGUUCGGCGGAAAGACGCACCGAAACGAUUCGCUUUCAAACCAGCCGUUGAUAGUCGUGCACGGAGUGUCGGACACGGCCGGCGAGAAGCCCACCUAUGCGGCCACGUGGUUCAAGUGAGUUUGUUUGGCGGUGGAGCGCGUUUGCAUCAACACGGCCUUCAGACAGCACGGCUACAAGGAAAUGAGAUCUACUCGACGACCUAUUUCAACGGAGCCCAGGGCAAUCCGUUGAAGUGGAUCGAGUACUCGAUGAAGUGUGAAUAUGUGAAACAGGUACCGUAACCCACCACCCGCAGACUACUGUAGCCACGUUUGUUUCCACAGGUGCGUGCCCUAAUUGUGGCCGUCCGUCUUUACACUGGCCGAAAUGUUGAUGUGAUCGGAUUCUCGUUGGGAGUUCCGGUGUCGAGGAAGGCGAUUCUUGGAGGUAAUUCGAUUCGCAUUUGCAUUUUGAUCAUUUUGAUCAUUUUCACAGAAGAAAUUUGCAUAAAAUCGGCUUCUUGGCCCUCCUUCUCUUUCUCUAGUAUACACCAACUUCUAGGGACCACCGUGACGUCAGGAAACGUCCUAUGACUCUGAAAAUUUUUGAGCUGAUUCUUGACAUCUAGUACUAUAUUUUUGUAGUUGACACCCACUUUCUAGGACCACUCCUUGGGAUACUGUAGCUCUUGGAAGUUGGGAUUAGCUAACCAAAGUUUAAACGGAUAUUAUAGAGUUUUGAGGAGUCGGAUUGUUCUGAAAAUUUUUGUGCUGAUUCUUGACAUCUAGUACUGUGUUUUUGUAGUUGACACCCACUUUCUAGAACCACUCCUUGGGAUACUGUAGCUCUCGGAAGUUGGGAUUAGCUAACCAAAGUUUAAGCGGAUAUUGUAGGGUUCUGAAGAGUCGGAUUGUUCUGAAAAUUGUUGUGCUGAUUCUUGACAUCUAGUACUGUGUUUUUGUAGUUGACACCCACUUUCUAGGACCACUCCUUGGGAUACUGUAGCUCUUGGAAGUUGGGCAAAAGUUCGCUCUCCAAAAGUGGUUCCAACUUUCAAGAGGCACACAGUACGCGAGAGAGGGACCGUACAAAAACGUAGUCAACUGCACAAACGUUGUACUAGACGUCAAGAUCACGCUUAAAAGUGAUCAGUGGUCCCCAAAAGUUGCUCAUCGUUUGCAGGUCGUUGCGUGGACACGGGCGAGAAUUUGGGCGGUCCGUUGACGCGUGUAAUCGACACGUACAUCGGCGUGGCGGGUCCGAAUCGUGGAGCCGCUCCCCAACUGGGACCACUUUCGGUUCCCGCGUGCGCUCUCUCGAUCACUCCGAUUUGCAAUCAAGUCAACGGAUUGUACUCGGGCAACUGUCCGGCUCAGAGCGAUUUUCUUCAGGUACGAACAGAUAUUGUAGGCUAACAAAACUGAACAUGUAUUGAUUUUUAAAGGACAUCAACAGAUACGCUCACUAUGAGGGUCAGUACACUUAUUCCAUUUACACUCAAAAGGAUCAGAUGGUUGGCUACACUGUUUGUGGACAGGUAGGAGAGAUUUCGGAUCCUUGACGCUUUUCCAGUGCCUUAGCGCCUUUCCAGUCUCACUCCAGUACCGCUAAACUCCUCAAUUUGCAGCUCACCUCGCCACUUCCGGGCCAAAACGGUCAACGAGUGUAUACGGAUCUCAAUCACGACCAAGUCUUCGACAAUACUCAUGAAGUUCAACUCCGAAUGAUCAAGGACCAUGUGGUCACCUAG